GCGAGAAGAGAGACAAAAGCCAGGGUUUACAGGGUCUUGCGGAUGAUGACGAUGAUGAUCCCAGGCGGCUUUCACGGCGCUGUAGCGACCAAGGUGGAAAUUGAGAACGGCGCUAACAUGGAGAACCGCUGGGAGAGACCCGCCACUAAUACGGGCUUGCUUUCAGGCCCUGUCUCCCUGCGCAUUGUCUCGCUUUUUGCUGGAUGGUUUGUUGCUUGCUUGUGCUGCCCCCCGAGGCGUUUGGUCUGAAAAAUAUAUAAGACCUUGCUGAUCGUCCCUGUGAAACAUUCUUUCGAUCCUUCCAUCCUCAUCACCACCAUCUUCUUCUCUUCUCCUCUUACACACACACAACUCACCACCACCACAACAAUCACAAUGAAGUUCAUCGCCGCCGCCUCUCUCGCCCUCGCUGGCAUUGCCACCGCCCAGAACGUCCAGUCCAAGCCCUUCAAGCUUGUUCUGUCUUCCGACGAUGCCAAGUGGAACGGCAAGGGCGUUUCUGCCUGCCACGUCGGCGCCGCCAUUGAGUCUCUCUGCAUUGGCGACCACAGCAUCGACUUCACCUUCAACACCACCGAGGGUGCCCAGCCCGCCAUGGACGGCUACAGCCCCUCGGGUCUCAUCACCUGGUCUCUCCCUGCCAGCCCUCCCAUCCCCGAGGCCAUGAGUUUCACCUACCAGCCUUCUUCCGACCUCGCCCUUCCUCUCUUCGAGCCCGGCUACGGCACUACCUACGUCUCUUUCCGCGACUCUGAUGGCCAGCUCAACAUCAUCUCCUACCUCGAUGACACCGUCUCCCCUGCUGUGUACAAGACGGAGGCUCUCAGCCAGUGGUACGUCUGCCUCAACAACUACUCUGGCUACCAGUACAACAACCUCAACUGGUUGAUGGGCAAGAACACCAAGCCCCAGAACCCCAGCUGCUCUGCCGUCACUGUCAACCGUGUCUGGUCCGAGUAAGGGAAUUUCUUUUAAGAAGAGCACAGAGCAGAGGACGAUAAUUAUAAUGAAUCGCUGACAGUUCUUUUGCGGCAUUGUCAAGCGUGUGUAUAUGUCUUAUUUUUGACGACUCUAUUUUUCUGUUUAUUGUUAGCCCAUGCUUGCUAGAAAGGCGUAAUGCAAAAAAUGACACUCUAUUAAUAAUACACAUCUACUCUU